AAGUAAAAAUAUAGUACGAGUAAAAUUUAAAAAUCACGUCUCAACCCUGCAACUGCACUGUCCUCUCUCGCAUUUAUAUUUCAUUCACUCUAUCACACCAACCCGAUUCCUUACCAAAUUCUUCUACACUUCAAAUUAAUUAUCCAAUUUCACUCCCUUUUCUUUUCUCCCCAUUCCAAACCCUAACUCCUUUUCUCAACCCGACCCGUUUUCCACCUUGUCGGAGCUCACCGGAAUGAUUCCACCCGCCACCAAUUCAUCAACCAAUCAGAAUGCCGACGGGACUUUGGGUGAAACUACUAACGAGUCCACAGUCAUGCAGUCUGCUUGUAAUCCAGGUGUCGUGAAUGAGCAUAUGGGGAAUGAUGUGGUAGUAGGAAACAAGCUAUCUGAAAACCAAUAUCCCAUUCAGUGUGAGUUAUGUAACAUUGUUUGUAAUGCUGAGGAUGUGCUCGAGAAACACAAACUAGGAAAGAAACACCUAAAGAAUCUGCAAAAGGCAGCUGAUCAGCCAUCCAUGGCACCAAUAAUGGCUCCACCACGACCAGCUGUUGCUGCUGCAGCAGCAGCCGUUUCAGACGUAAACUCAUCUGGGGAGGUGGAGGAUAAGAAGCAUAAGUUAUUGCAACAUGGAGCAGCAGCUGAUACAAUAGUAUAUUGUCACAUUUGCGAUGUGGCGUGCAGUAGUCAAGAUGUAUUUCAGACCCAUGUUGCUGGUAAAAAGCAUUCUGCAAAGGCGAUUAUGCAGGCUGCGAGUUCGAAAGGGAACUUUAACCUCACAUCAGAGUGCAGUUUGGAGGCACAGCCUAUCACUGGUGGUUCACAGAUGAAACCUGACAUCCCCCAAAGUUUCAGCUGUGAACUCUGCAAAAUCAGUUGCACCAGCAACGAACUUCUCAACAUGCACUUAACGGGGAAGAAACACCUGAAAAAACUUAGAAAAUCGGAGCCUAUGCCGGAUGUGCUCUUGACCCCUGUUGCUUCACUAGAGACGCCACCUACCAAGCUUAUGGAAAAUCCCGAGUCCGGUCCGAGCAUGAAAGUCGAUUUACAUGAAGGUAAACUUACACGAUGUGAACUUUGUGGGAUCAGUUGCAACACUUAUGAUAUGCUAAAAAAGCACUUCACCGGCAAGAAGCACCUAAAGAAUUUGGAGAAAUCGGAGAAACUGAUUGGACCUAACCCUCUCCCUGCUACUGAACCUGUAACACCCCCAACGAUUAUAGGACCAUCACAAGUUCCAUUGAAAGAAGAGGGUAAAGAUAUUAAUCUAGAUGUUAGUAACACGAAGGGUAAACGAGCCGGAAAUCACGAGGAUGUCGAGACAAAGAGGCAGAAGAUGCUGCAAGUAGGGGGGACAUCAAAUAGUUCAAGGGCCUGUACCUUGUGCAAUGUUGUUUGCAACAGCCCCUCUUCGUUUGAGUCUCAUCUUGCUGGGCAUAAGCAUCUUGCCAUGGCUAUGAAACAAGCAGAUGCUCAGUCAACUGGUCAAGCAACAUAAGAGCUUUAGUUAUCUUGGUUCUGGGGUUCCCAAGGUUAUGGAUUCUUUCUUGUUGCUUUUUUUUAACAGCGAGUUAGUAGUUAGUACAAUUUUUAGUUUUCUGUAGUGAAAUCUAUGACUGCCAAAAGAACUUGAUAUGGUUAUGCACUUCCUAACUCUCUGUUGGUUUGUGAAUCUGAGACAGAUUAUUACAUAACUUUGGGAAGUUUUGGAAAUUAAAUGAGAGAGAGUUAUGGUUAUUGGA